AUGUAAAAGUAUUUGGUUGACUAGAUUAUAGUUUUCUUUUUAAUCUUAUUAGUCUGCAAUUAUGAAUAAACAUCAGGUUAUAUUAUUGCUAUUCCUUUUAAAUAUUUUUAAUGGAGCUUUUGGAGCAUUAUUAUGAAAUUAUAUUAAUAUUUUACAGACCUAAUUUAUAUACAUCCAAAUAAUAUUAUACACACAUAACUGAAGUAUAAAUCUAUUUCGAAAAUUUAGAAUAUUAUUUAAAAAUGAACUUAGCUUAAAUUUAGAAAGGAACUAGAGCAUAUCUAUGAUUUAUAAUAUUGAAAAUAUUUUUUUAUCAAUUUAUCAACUUUUAAGAUAAAUUACAAUGAUAAAUAGGAGAAUAAAUUGA